AUGGGCAGAAGACCUGCCAGAUGCUACCGCUACUGCAAGAACAAGCCCUUUCCCAAGUCUCGAUUCAACCGCGGAGUCCCCGAUCCCAAGAUCCGGAUCUUCGACCUCGGACGCAAGCGGGCCAAUGUCGACGAGUUUCCUCUCUGCGUCCAUAUGGUCUCUAACGAGUAUGAACAAUUAAGCUCCGAGGCCUUGGAGGCUGCUCGUAUCUGCGCUAAUAAAUAUCUCGUUAAGAUCGCCGGUAAAGAAGGUUUCCAUCUUCGACUUCGAGCCCACCCUUACCACGUCGUUCGCAUCAAUAAGAUGUUGUCUUGCGCCGGUGCGGACAGACUACAGACGGGAAUGAGACUUGCUUGGGGUAAGCCCAAUGGCAUCGUUGCUCGCGUCAAAAUUGGUCAGAUUCUACUCUCUAUCAGAACUCGGGACUCCCAUCGUACCACUGCCAUCGAGGCUCUCAGACGAUCUAUGUAUAAGUUUCCUGGCCGACAGAAGAUCAUCGUCAGUAAGAACUGGGGCUUCACCAGGCUCCGACGUGAGGAGUAUGUUAAGCUGAAGGAGGACGGUCGUGUCUUGAUGGACGGUGCCUACGUCCAGUUUCUAAGGAACAAGGGCAGCAUCGAGCAGAAUAUGAAGCGAUUCCCUGGAGCGUACCGGGUUGCGAGCGAGGCAUAG